AUGGCAGACAGCAAUGAGAUGACCAUCAACCUCGUUGUCCUUGGAAGAGUGCAGACUGGAAAAAGCGCUGCUGGAAACAGCCUGCUGGGCAGCUGGGACUUCGCCAGCCACCGCUCCGCGAGCUCCGUGACUACCCGCUGCAGCCUCGGCCGCAGCUGCCGCAUUUCGGGGGUUUUGCGAAGAAACGGCUGCGAGCUCGCUCUCCGCGUUCGGGUCCUCGACACGCCGAGCUACCCUCACAGCGCUCUGAGCGAAGAGCAGGUCAGAGACAGCGUGAGGUCCGCCCUGGCUUGCCACUUCGGCAAGGAGGGCCUGCACCUGGCUCUCCUGGUGCUGAGGGCUGACGUGCCUCUGUGCGCAGAUGAAAGCAAGCAGGCGCUUCACUUCAUCCAGGAACUUCUGGGUCCCACAUGGAAGGAUUUCACUGCCGUCCUACUUACUCAUGCAGACAAGGCGGAGGGGGCCGGAUUCGAUGAGGAAGAAUACUUGCACAGUGCCUCCAGUACCCUGCUGUCACUUCUGAGCUCCGUACAGCAUAAAUACAUUUUCCUAGACAACCAGAAGUGCAUACUUAAAGAGGAAAGAGCUAUUGUCCUAAGAAAGCUCUUGAAUUUUAUAAGACAAAAUAAUUACCAAGUGCUUCUACUUAAACACAGCAAGGAAUAA